GACGUUCGCUGCUUCCCGAAAUAAUCAACAUCCGUUCAACAAAGGCAUCGAAACGGCGUCAAGGCUGGACUAACACGGACAAUAACGGGGAAUCCCGUUUAUAAAUGAGCACUUAAACCAUCCAACAAGCAUCUAUGUCAAGACUGCCAACGGACCACAUCUAGCUGCCGUGUCUUCUGUCUCGCAUUGGACCACAGUGACAGUGCAUACCUAAUCUAAAUCAGAGUAUCGACUAAAUUAACCAAGACCGACGUCCAAAAUGGUUCAGAAUAAGAAUAACACUCCAGAAGUCACUGGCUUCCACCGCUCUUUUAAUGUCCAAAGCCCGUUCAAUUCUGAAGAUUAUACCAAAACAGACUCCAGUCUCCACGAGUCAAACUUACAUUUAGAUUGUCCCCCAAGACCUGACAUGCCAGCCAGCCAGCCGAUUAACAUCCCAGAUGCCAAGAAGAGGACCAAGAAGAAGAAGAGAUGCAGGGCCACCGACAGCUUCACAGGACGAUUCCAAGAUGUAUACGUUCUGCAGACGGAGGUGCUGGGCGAGGGGGCCUAUGCUGUCGUCCAGACCUGCGUCAACCUCAUCACCCAGAAGGAAUAUGCUGUCAAGAUCGUCGAGAAGCGUGCGGGUCUCAGUCGGAGCAGAGUCUUCAGGGAAGUGGAGAUGCUCUAUCAGUGCCAGGGACACAGAAACAUUCUGGAGCUGGUCGAGUUCUUUGAGGAAGAAGACAAAUUCUACUUGGUUUUUGAGAAACUAAGAGGAGGGUCAGUGUUGACCCACAUAGACAACACUUCAGUGAGCAGGAGGCCAGUUAUGUGGUAG